CAUAUGUUAUCAUUGUCACCAAAACUUUGUCUGUUAAUACGAAUUUGAGAAGCAUAGACUGAGGACAGUUGGCUUGAUCAACUUCAACAGGUUAUCGAGGUGAAUAGGAUCAAUAGUUGGGGUCAAUAGGAUCAAGGGCUGGGGUUAAUAGGAUCAAGGGCUGGGGUCAAUAGGAUCAAAAUGCCUAGAGAAUAUAAACCAAAAGCAGGACGAAAACGUUACAAGAAACCUGAUCCAAACAUCAUUGAAGAGGCUAAAAAUGAUGUUAAUAACAAGGGGUAUAGUAUUCGACAAUCCGCUAUAAAACACAACAUUGCUUACACUGUUCUGCAAAGACAUCUCAAAAAUGUGAAUGUUAAAAGACAAGGAGGUCAAACAGUGUUAAGUGAAGCUGAAGAGAAAUGUAUUGCGGAAAAAUUACUUACAUGCAGUGAGUGGGGUUACCCCUUAGAUACCUAUGAUUUAAGAAUGGUUAUCCAACAAUAUUUAAAUAGAGCUGGUAGGAUGGUGCCCCGUUUUAAGGACAAUCUUCCUGGUAAAGAGUUCGCAUAUAGCUUUUUGAAACGACAUUCGGAUAUGCUGUCGGAGAGAAUGUACCAAAAUAUAAAACGAGCCCGGGCUGGUGUUACGAGGGUAACAAUUACAGAGUAUUUCAAACACCUUUCUGCAGAACUAGAAGGUACUCCAGCCAGCAAUAUCAUAAACUACGAUGAAACCAACCUUUGCGAUGACCCAGGAAGAAAAAAAAUAAUUGCAAAGAGGGGAUGCAAAUAUCCGGAGCGAAUUAUGAACCACAGUAAGUCGUCAACUUCAAUCAUGUUCGCUGCUUCUGGUAGUGGAGAUUUGCUUCCAUGCUAUG